AAAAAAUGUCGGGGAUUGCCGUGAUUCACGGCCGUCUUUGACAAUGUGUGAAAUCCUUCCCUUCUCUUCAAUCUUUUUUCUUAAACCCUUUACACUUCAGCACGUUUUUGCAUUUACUUCUCUCCCUCCCAACUCACACAUUCAUCUCUCUACUACUCCAUUCAAACAGAUCUCAAUCAAAGUUUCAAUCUUUCGCUUCACAUUCACCAUGCCCAAAUCAAGAUUCACUUCAAAAUCCCUCCUUUUCCCCAUAAUCCUCUAUCUCAUAAUUUCCCCCUUUAUUUACGCCACAGUAUUAUCACAAAAUGAAGAAACUGAUGACGAUUUUGAAGACAUUGAAGAGCUCCUAGCCAUCGACGACGAACAAGAUGGCCGCCAGGAAGAUCCGCAGCACAAGAACCAUCACGAAGGUAAAGAUUCUGGUAAGAAAUCCGGGGCCGAGGUUUUGAGCAAGGCCCAGAGAGUAGUUAUCGAGCUGAACAGUGAUAAUACGAAGAGGAUAAUUGAGGAAAAUGAGUAUGUUUUUGUUUUGGGCUAUGCCCCGUGGUGUGCGAGAAGUGCGGAGCUGAUGCCGAGAUUUGCGGAGGCUGCGAAUGUGCUGAAGGGUUUAGAGAGUAGGGUUUUGAUGGCUAAGAUUGAUUCUGAGAGGUAUCCGAAGGCUGCUGCGGGUCUUGGGAUUAAAGGUUUUCCAACGUUGUUGCUGUUUGUCAAUGGAAGUUCUGAGGCUUACACCGGCGGAUUUUCCUCUUUGCUGAUCAUAAGGGUAUCAUUGAAUGUUGAUUUGAGGAGACUGAACAAGUAUCAUAAGAUGGAAGAAAUGGUGAUAUGGGCAAGGAAGAAAACAGGUUAUCCGGUUAUUAGAAUAUACUCGGUUGCCGAGGCAAAUGAAUUUCUCAAGCGGCACUCUAAGUAUGCAAUUGGGAUCUUUGAUAAAUUUGAGGGACCUGAAUAUGGAGAGUUCACAAAAGCUGCAACUGCAGAUGAUGAAAUUCAAUUUGUUGAGACGAGCAGUACAGAAGUAGCUAAAGUCUUGUAUUCUUUUGGGAAUCUCGAUAAACCCUUCUUUGGUCUUGUCAAAAGCGAACCCGAACAAUACACGUCAUUAGAUGGAAACUUGACCUCGGACAGAAUAUUGCACUUUUUGGAGAAUAAUAAGUUCCCAUUAGUUACCGUAAUGACUGAGCUCAACUCUGCUAAAGUAUACUCCAGCACAAAUAAACGGCAGGUGUAUGUUUUUGCUGAGGCUGAUGACUUGAAGAAGCUUACCGAGUCAUUACAGGAAGUUGCAAAGAAGUUCAAGUCUGAGAUAUUGCUCGUUGCAGUAGAUAUUCAAGAGGAAAACCUCGCAAAGCCUUUCUUGACUUUAUUCGGUCUAGAAGAUUCUGAAGAAACUGUUGUUGUAGCUUUUGACUACAAAUACAAUUCCAAGUAUCUCCUUGAGUCAGAUCCCACAUCAAGAAACAUCGAAGAGUUCUGUUCAGGGCUUGUGAAAGGGACUCUGAGCCCAUACUACAAAUCGCAACCUAUUCCAGAUAAUAAAAAUGCCAGCAUUCUGACUCUCGUGGGAAAGACAUUUGAUGACUUGGUCUUGAACAGUCCGAAAAACAUUCUUUUAGAGGUCCACACGCCUUGGUGCAUAACGUGUGAAGCCACGAGCAAGAAAGUGGAGAAAUUGGCUAAGCAUUUCAAUGGUUUGGAAGACCUCGUUUUUGCAAGAAUCGAUGCUUCAACUAAUGAACAUCCAAAAUUACAGGUUGAGGACUACCCAACAUUACUCUUCUACCCAGCUAACAAGUCGAAUCCGAUCAAGCUUCCAACAAAAUCCGGUGUGAAGGAUUUGGCAUCACUAAUCAACAAAAAUUUGAAGUCCCAAGAUCGUUCGGCCAAAGAUGAACUGUAGUCAGUAAGCUGGAAUUUUACCGUACAUUAAAGUUUAUUUACCUUGACAACCAUUAGAAACAAAAUGCAGUAAAAUUUCGGCUGCAAAAGAUAAUGUUAAUGUAUACCUGUGUAAAAUUUACUGUGUGUGCAUUAGAGAAAAUAGUUAUCUGUCCGGCCAAACAGAGGACUUUCAUUCAUCGUGUACUUGACUCGAGUGUAGAAAUUGAUAAAAAUUUUGGAGAUUUGGUGAAGUAUUAUUGAGUGUGAUUAUUCCAAUUUUCAAGUUUUU